GUCUCACCUCCAUAUGACACGGCCCUGCUCAAAAAGACCCUGUAGCCAAUGAGUAGCUUGAACAACAAGGUAAGUCUCCGCCCACCCUUCAAUCAAUGACUCGUGAAAUGCUCCCCUUGAUAGCACUUGACCUCAACUUGCCUCUACCACGGACCAGGCAAGCUGAUCUAUCGAAAUCAACCCAAGUGGCAGAUGCUCAAGAGAGCUAUGAGUAAAGAUCGCCUUGUCGAGAUGGAAUAUAUAACAUGCAAGGACGCUGGACAACAAUAAGUCAUUCUCCUCAUCAUCUCCUCCACUCUUUCACCAACUCAUCUCAUUCUUCUUCAUCAAGACUUCCACUCUUUACAGGUCUGUUUUUCCGAAACGCUCAACAUCCAUACACUCCGAAUCUUUCCUCUCUCUUAAACAACAACAAUCUCAUAUCCACAAUCAUGCGCUUCACUCAAGCUUUCGCUAUUGCCGGUCUUUCGGCCUCGCUGGCUUCUGCCAUGCCCAUCGGCACUUCUGGAAGCGUUCUCGGAAACGUUGCUUCUGGAGUUCACCCCAUUGUCACCUCCGCAGGUGUCACCGUUGAUGGUGUUGGCACUGUUGUAGGCGGCGUUGGCGGUGUCGUUGGAGGUGUCGGAUCUAGUCUUGGAGGCGUUGGUGCUACUGCCAAUGGACUCGGCGAGCAUGUCGAGAACUCCAAGCGUGAUGGCGUUCUGGGAGGUGUCCACCCUGUCGUUACCUCCGCCGGAACCACAGUCAACGGUGUCGGCACUGUCGUCGACGGCGUUGGCGGCAUUGUCGGAGGUGUAGGCACUACUCUCGGCGGUGUCGGUACUACCGUCAACAACGUCGGCCAGCAUGCCGCUGGUGAGAAUGUCCUCAAGCGCGACGGCGUUUUCGGAGGCGUCCACCCCAUCGUCACUUCUGCCGGUACGACCGUCAACGGUGUCGGAACCGUCGUUGACGGUGUCGGUGGUAUUGUUGGUGGCGUUGGCAGCACUCUCGGUGGCGCCGGCUCUGUCGUCAACGGCCUCGGUGAGCACGUCGAGAACUCCAAGCGCUCUCCCCUUCUCGAUGCUGUCGUCGGUAACCCCAUUGUUGGCGGCGUUACCCAUACUGUCGGCUCUGUUGUCGGUGAGGUCGCUCAGGGUGGCAUUCCCGCGGCUGUGAGCAACCUUGUAGGCGGUGUUGUCAAGCGCUCCCCUAUCCUCGACAGCGAGCUUGGCUCCGGCCUUGCUGGUAUCAGCGGUACUGUCGAUGGCAUUACCUCCGGCGGUCUUCUCGGUGGUGUGAGCAAGACUGUCGAUGGCCUUGUUGCUCCCAUCACUGGCAGCAUCGUCUAAAUCAACACGCCAGAAUCAUGAACAUUUACAAUUUACUUCUUCGUUCCCGGACAGAGAACAGCUACGAUCAUGAAAUGAAUUGCGUAUUCAGAGCAAUUUGUGGUGGUGGGGAUAUUUUCUUAUGUGCCAGAUGUUACUAUACCAGACCUAGUAUCUUUAUCUUAAUUUCGCAAUUAUUACUUACAAAUCUCAC